AUGGCGGAAGUUCAUAGACGUCAGCAUGCCCGGGUUAAAGGAGAAGCCCCCGCGAAAUCCUCCACACACAGACAUGAGGAGGAGCUGGGGAUGGCGUCGGCCGAAACGCUGACGGUGUUCCUGAAGCUGCUGGCCGCUGGUUUUUACGGCGUGAGCUCCUUCCUGAUCGUGGUGGUCAACAAGAGCGUGCUCACCAAUUACAGAUUUCCCUCCUCACUAUGUGUUGGACUUGGCCAGAUGGUGGCCACAGUGGCAGUUCUCUGGGUGGGAAAGGCGCUCAGAGUAGUCAAGUUUCCUGACUUUGACAGAAAUGUACCUCGAAAGACGUUUCCACUACCUCUACUAUAUUUUGGGAACCAAAUCACGGGACUGUUCAGCACAAAGAAACUGAACUUGCCAAUGUUUACAGUUCUGAGAAGGUUCUCCAUCCUGUUUACAAUGUUUGCUGAAGGAGUUUUACUCAAGAAGACUUUUUCUUGGGGUAUUAAGAUGACCGUAUUUGCAAUGAUUAUUGGAGCCUUUGUAGCUGCCAGCUCUGACUUGGCAUUUGAUCUCGAAGGAUAUGUUUUCAUUUUGAUAAAUGAUGUCCUGACAGCAGCAAAUGGCGCAUAUGUAAAACAGAAAUUAGAUUCAAAAGAGCUGGGAAAAUAUGGUCUCCUCUAUUACAAUGCACUGUUCAUGAUUCUCCCCACCCUGGCCAUGGCAUAUUUUACAGGAGAUGCGCAAAAGGCAAUGGAUUUUGAAGGCUGGGCUGACACCCUCUUUCUUCUGCAGUUCACCCUCUCUUGUGUGAUGGGGUUUAUCUUGAUGUACGCCACAGUACUCUGCACGCAGUACAAUUCUGCUCUUACAACUACAAUAGUUGGCUGUAUUAAAAAUAUAUUAAUAACUUAUAUUGGAAUGGUCUUUGGUGGAGAUUAUAUUUUCACAUGGACAAACUUCAUUGGCUUAAAUAUCAGCAUUGCUGGGAGCCUGGUGUAUUCCUACAUCACUUUCUCUGAAGAGCAGCUGAGCAAACAGUCAGAGACCAGUAACAAGCUGGACAUUAAGGGGAAAGGAGCAGUAUGACCAGAGGAUUGCUUCGACGACGUAGGCCCAAGUUUUUGAUCAACUGAGAACACUGGCAGUUCUUACACAGACACUGAGGGGUGUCCUGAUUAUGGAGAAAAUAACCAUUCCUUUGCACUUGUACAAUCUGAGGAUUGAUUGCUGCCUUUUAAAAUUUUAUGAGAGAAACUUAUAAUUGACUCUAUUUUAAAUAUGCCGUUGGAAUUAAUUUAUAUCAAACUGGAAAAUGUACCGGGCUUUUUAAUUUAUUUCUUUUAUGCCGACAGUGAAACAUCGGUGUUUUGAAAAUAUUGUAUCCCAUAGUUUGAUAUCCAGGUGUCCCUUAGAAGCUGCAUAUAUACAGUGCUCCAGCUGGAGCCUCCUCAUUCAAAUUGUUGCUGCAUAUAGAGGGAGGUUAGCCUUCCUUCUGCUGG